AGACCGAGAGAGAGAGAGAGAGAGAGAGAGAUUGGCAGCCUCUUCUGAGGAGUGAGGACUGCGGACUGCGGACUGCGGAGGACUCAGAUUGCCCAAAACUUGGCGCCUCAAAGCUUUUCCCAAUCCAAACACCCGACAAAAAACCGAAUGCAACUUUUCCCUUCUUUCUUUCUCACCCUUUGUUCACCAGUGCUACCACUUCUAUCUCUAUGCCUUCCUCAUUUACAUCUCAACCAUCCAUGAACACCUUCAUCUUCUUCCUCGCCUAGAUUAACAUAAUCAAACCCAAGUUCAUUUCUUUCCAUCUGGAUUUUCGAUUUCAUCUUCUGGGGUCUUCUUCGUUUUUUUUUGUCGUCGUCUUCUUCUUCUUGUACGUCUGUCAUGGAUGCGUCGUGUGUGACAUCUCCGCUUUGCACGUGGUUGGUCGCUACUUGCAUGUCGGUCACGUGCGGCGCAGACCACUCCGCGUGCCCGUCCAUGUUCGGUUCCAGCAAGAGACAGAGCAAAUGGGCUCGCGGCAGGAGGAGGGUCUUGUCCAAAUGCAGCUCCGAACCUCGGACGGGCUCGAUUUCCUCCCCGUGUGGAUCGAGCAUUCAGGGCCUUAUGAGCUCCUGCCUCGCUUUCGAACCCUGCCAUGAGUACUAUAGCUCCAAGGGCCUUUCUUCUUUGGGAUUUUACUCUCUUUUCGGAUCCAAGAAUGUUCAUCUGAAUCGUAGACAGAGGAGUUUGAAUCGACCACCCCAUUCCGGGGAAGCCAUGGCUGUAGCUGUGCAACCUGCAAAGGAAGUUGCAACAAGAAAUAAACCUCUCACAAAGCAAAGGCGAGUGGUUGUGACAGGGAUGGGUGUGGUGACCCCACUUGGUCAUGAACCAGAUGUCUUCUACAAUAAUUUGCUUGAGGGUGUCAGUGGUAUAAGUGAGAUUGAGGCUUUUGAUUGUGCCCAAUUUCCAACGAGAAUUGCUGGAGAGAUCAAGUCUUUUUCUACUGAUGGAUGGGUUGUGCCCAAACUUUCCAAGAGGAUGGACAAAUUCAUGCUUUACUUGCUUACUGCUGGCAAAAAAGCCUUGGCAGAUGGUGGAAUUACAGAAGAUGUAAUGAAUGAUUUAGAUAAAGCAAAAUGUGGAGUUUUGAUUGGCUCGGCAAUGGGUGGAAUGAAGGUUUUUAAUGAUGCAAUUGAAGCUUUAAGAGUUUCAUACAAGAAGAUGAAUCCUUUCUGCGUACCUUUUGCAACUACAAAUAUGGGUUCUGCCAUGCUUGCAAUGGAUCUGGGAUGGAUGGGCCCAAACUAUUCUAUCUCUACUGCUUGUGCUACAAGCAACUUUUGUAUAUUGAAUGCAGCAAACCAUAUAACUAGAGGUGAAGCUGAUGUGAUGCUUUGUGGUGGCUCAGACGCGGCAAUCAUACCUAUUGGCUUGGGAGGUUUUGUAGCUUGCAGAGCACUUUCCCAGAGGAACACUGAUCCUACAAAAGCUUCACGCCCUUGGGAUAUUAAUCGUGAUGGAUUUGUUAUGGGGGAAGGAGCUGGGGUUUUGCUCCUUGAAGAAUUAGAGCAUGCUAAGAGAAGAGGUGCAAAUAUCUAUGCCGAAUUUCUAGGUGGAAGCUUCACUUGUGAUGCUUAUCACAUGACUGAGCCACACCCUGAUGGUAAUGCACCUUCUCUUUGGUUCUUAUUAUGA